AUGUCCAACUUAGAUUUCGAUAUAGAUUAUUAUCUGAAUCGUAUUAUUCCUUCCCCUAGACUUUACAUACUCCCAACGCCAAUCUCCUGGUUCCUUGGGUAUCGAAGUAAGCCGAGGUCUCGAACUGGUAGUCUAGUUGUUUGGUUUUGGGCUUUCAUUGGCGCUUUCUGCGGCAUUGCGGUUAUCGAAAAUAUAUUUCGACUUCCAUAUUUCAAAGAACGUGGCACCCCAUUGGUCAUCGCAAGUUUUGGCGCUGCCGCAAUUUUAGAAUAUAAUACAAUUGAUUCUCCUCUCGCCCAGCCACGAAAUGCAAUACUGGGUCAACUACUCGCCUCCAUCAUCGGCGUCGGCAUAACAAAACUGUUCGAACAUAGUGCAGAAUUUGAGAAUCUACGAUGGUUGGCUGGUGCUCUUUCAGUCGGUGUAGCUUCUGCUGUGAUGGGCUUGACCAACACGAUUCAUCCACCGGCUGGAGCCACUGCUUUGUUAGCUGCUACGUCACCUGAGAUCACGGAGAUAGGAUGGUAUCUAAUACCUUUGGUCCUAUUAGGGAGCGUGCUUCUGGUUGCUAUCGCUUGUGUCGUGAAUAACAUACAGAGAACUUUCCCCAUAUACUGGUGGACGCCGCAUUUGCUGAGCAGUCGGUCUGAAGAAGAUAUCGAGAAGAUUUCAGAAAGUGCUAGUGGAGUGGAGCAGUCAGCCGAAAUUCAACACAUUUCCGAAGAAGGAACAAUCAAGAUUGACAAGCAUCACAUUAUUAUACCUAGCUGGUUACCAUUGGAGUACGAAGAGAGAGCGAUGUUGGAGGCGAUGCAGACCAGGCUACAGCAGGGGUUACAAAGCUCAAGGACAUCAGGAAGUGACCGGACCUUAGUUAGAUGA